AUGUCUACUCAAUCUCAAUACAUGGCUCACACUAAUGACGGUGAUCAACGUAACGCAUCCCAGAAAGAUAUAGACGCCCAAAAGCCAAAUAGAUACGAAGCAGGUAAAGAAGGAUCACAUUUAAACAAUGAUUCAAAAGAUGGUAGAUCGAUUGCGAAUCGAUUAGAAUCAGAAUUGCGAAAGAAUGAAGAUGAAGAUCAUAAUCCGGAUCCAAAUAUCCCUGACAAAGGUCAAAAUCCAACUGAUUUAGCUAAGGCUCAUGGUAAUAAACCUAGUAAAGGAGCUAUGAUUGAUGAACAAAUCAAAUUGGAGGAAGAAGCCGAGGUUAGUUUCUUCUGA